AUGGCCACAAUCUCGACGACCCCAGGAUCAAUGUCGUCAACCUCUGUCCAGGAGCUUGCCCAAAAGUGGCUGCAGCAAGACCGUGACCCGGAGACCAGAAAGGAGAUACAAGACCUCCUGUCAGUCGGAGAUGAUGUUGCACUCGAGAGCCGGCUACGAAGGCGCAUUGCUUUUGGCACAGCUGGUCUUCGAAGCUCGAUGCAAGCAGGCUACGCGCACAUGAAUUCACUUACUGUGCUCCAAGCCUCCCAAGGACUUGCUACCUACAUUCUCGGCCAACAAAGCUCCCAUAGUGUCCCACCACAGGCCGUUGUGAUGGGAUACGAUGCCCGUUAUAACUCCGAGAAGUUUGCUCGCCUGGCUGCGGCUGCUUUCAUUGCCAAGGGGCUUGAUGUACUCUGGUUCGGGGAGCUCGUGCACACGCCUAUGGUGCCAUUCGCAGUUGAACAUUUCUCUGCUGCCGCGGGGGUCAUGAUCACUGCUUCACACAACCCUGCGAGGGACAAUGGCUACAAGGUAUACUGGGCGAAUGGUUGCCAGAUCAUACCACCUCGUGACAAGGACAUCGCUACUGCUAUUGACCUAGAGACCGAUAUCUUGAGCUGGGAUCACAACGCCAUUGAGACUAGCUCCGCAGUCCGUAACAUACUCGCAGAAGCCCGUGGAGCGUACAAGCGCGCCAUACAGAUAUUGGCACGGCCUGCGAAACACGGAAACAUGCUACCUUUCACAUACACUCCGAUGCACGGGGUAGGUCUGCCCUUUAUGCAGGAGGCUGUAGAGAUUCUUGGCUUCACAGAUCAUGGGAUGUACGUCGUUGCGGCUCAGGCCAACCCUGAUGCUGAUUUUCCCACUGUACCGUUCCCCAAUCCCGAGGAGAAAGGCGCCUUGAAUCUGGCUAUGGAGGAAGCCACAGCAUCAGGAAGCCAACUCAUAAUCGCGAACGAUCCGGACGCUGAUCGUUUCGCCGCUGCUGAGUAUCUCGAUGACGGGCGCUGGCACCAAUUCACGGGUAAUGAAAUGGGCGCUCUAUUGGCAGCUUACGUACUGGAGACUUCUUCUGUUGAGCGGGACCAAAUGGCAAUGCUGGCAUCUACGGUGUCAUCCCGCAUGCUCCAGGCCAUAGCAGAGAAGGAAGGCUUCAGAUUCCAAUCGACAUUAACAGGCUUCAAGUAUCUCGGCAACGUCGCUCAGCAGAUGCGUGAGCGAGGUCUGAAGCCAGUCUACGCAUAUGAAGAAGCUAUUGGGUAUAUGUUUCCAUCCGUAGUUUGGGACAAGGACGGCAUUGCGGCCGCCACCGUCUUCCUCCUUGCUCGAAGAAAAUGGCAUGCAGAAGGUCUUACGCCAUGGCGAAAGCUACAGAGCCUCUUUGAGCACUAUGGUUACUUUGCGGAUGCUAACACUUACCUCAUCUCGCCAUCUCCAGAGGUGACGAGCGCGACCUUCGCUGCCAUUCGUAAUUCGAGCCAUGGUACGCCACCCACUCAUAUUGGCAAGCGUAAGGUUCGCCGAUGGCGCGACCUCACUACAGGCUACGAUAGCGGUUCGGCUGAUGGGACGCCGGAUUUGCCGGUAGAUACGGCAGCACAGAUGAUCACCUGCUGGCUUGAUGAUGCUGUGUUCACUGCACGAGGUUCAGGUACAGAGCCUAAGAUCAAGCUAUACGUGGAAGCCAUUGGAGCUGCAAGUUCUGCUGCCGCCAAGACGAUCGCCAAUGAUGUGCUCAAGGAUCUUGUGAGCGAAUGGUUUCCCGGACUCCGACUUGCUGGCAUAUGA